CCAGGCGUCAUGCGAUGAGAGCGGGUUUUUCAUCAAAAGAGAGAAUACAUUUUGGAACUAUGGAGUCCAACAAGUUACCAUCCUAGAUAUACCUGAGCCAUUUUGCUUGCAUGGGGAUAGGGAGCAAAGGGGUUUUUUUUUUCCCCAUCACCGGUCCCUUUUUCAUCAUUUCACCAGCUGGUCUCUCGUGCAAUGGGGCCAUCAUAGGAAGCUGCCCCCAGAUUUGUUCUGUGCUUACUUCUGGGACUGGCUGUUGGAGGGAACUACAUUUCCUAGAAGGCCUUGCGAGCACCAGAGAAGUUAAUCUUGCAUUUCCCAGGCGUCGUGUAACGGAGGCGGGAUUUUCAUCGAGGGGAAAAAGGAGAUUUGGGGGCUAUGGAAUGCCGCAGGGUCUCUCCCCUUUCUGGUUCCCCCCCCCCCGGCAGGAGGAAGAAUCUGACUUUGACGCUCCGGAGGAGAAGAGAUCCUUUGAGGAGGUAGCUGUGUGCUUUACAGAGGAGGAAUGGUCUCUGCUGGAUCCAGGCCAAAGAAAACUCUUCUGGGAAGUAAUGGAGGAAAUGUACGAGUCCAUGGCCUCUCUGAGUGCAGAAGGAAAAAUAUGGAAUGUGGAAUUCCACGGGGCCUCUCUUCUUUCUUGUUUCCCACAACUGGAGGGAGAAUUUUGUACCUCUGCAGGAAAGAGAUCCUUAGUUUCCUUUGAGGAGGUAGCUGUGUUCUUCACGGAGGAGGAAUGGGCUUUGCUGGAUCCAGGCCAAAGAAAACUCCUUUGGGAAGUAAUGGAGGAAAACUGUGAGACCGUGGCCUCUCUGGUUGCAGAUGUGAGGGAGUUGGUGAAUGAGAAGGAAUCUGGAAGGAGAAUUGUGGGAAAAAGCAAACUGAACGUGGAAGGAAAAUCUGGGGAUCAAACAGUACCAAAGCGAAAAUGCACAACCAAAAGCAUUAAAACACAUCAGAGCACUACAACAUGCUGGAAAAAGUAUAAAUGCUUGGAAUGUGGAAAAAGCUUCAGCAGCAGUAGUCUGUUUAAAAGACUUGAAAGGGAGAAGCCAUAUAAAUGCUUGGAGUGUGGAAAGUGCAUCUCACAGAAUAGCUGCCUAACUGCACAUAAAAAAAUGCGUACAGAGGGGAAGCCAUAUAGGUGCUUGGAGUGUAGAAACUGCUUCUCUCAACAUAGUGACCAAAUGAAACAUCAAAAGGUUCACACAGGGGAGAAACCAUAUAAAUGUUUGGAGUGUGGAAAGUGCUUCUCUCAGAAAGGCAACCUAAAUGUACAUCAAAAGAUUCACACAGGGAAGAAGCCAUAUAAAUGUUUGGAAUGUGGAAAGUGCUUCUCUCGGAAUGACUACCUAACUGCACAUCAAAAGAUUCACACUGGGGAGAAGCCAUACAAAUGCUUUGAGUGUGGAAAGUGCUUCUCUUGGAAUGUCAGUCUAACAGCACAUCAACAGGUUCACAUACGGGUGAAGCCGUAUACAUGCUUUGAGUGCGGAAAGUCCUUUUCUCAGAAUCACUCCUUAAGAACAUAUCAAAAGGUUCACACAGGGAAGAAGCCAUAUAAAUGCUUGGAGUGUGGAAAGUCCUUUUCUCAGAAUCGUUCCCUAAGGACACAUCAAAAAGUUCACACAGAGGAAAAGUCAUAUAAAUGCUUGGAGUGUGGAAAGGGCUUCCCUUCGCAUGUCAACCUAAGGGCACAUCAGAGGAUUCACACAGGGGUGAAACAGUAUAAAUGCUUGGUUUGUGGAAAGUGCUUCUAUCAGAAUGCCCAUCUAACCGUACAUCAAAAAGUUCACACUGGGGAGAAGCCAUAUAGAUGCUUGGAGUGUGGAAAGUGUUUCUCUGAGAGUGGCUCCCUAAGAAAACAUGAAAAGAUUCACACAGGGGAGAAGCCAUAUAAAUGCUUGGAGUGUGGAAAGUGCUUCUCUUGGAAUGGCUCCCUAAGAGUACAUGAAAAAGUUCACACCGGGGAGAAGCCAUAUAAAUGCUUGGAAUGUGGAAAGUGUUUCUCUGAUAAUGGCUCUCUAAGAACACAUGGAAAGGUCCACACAGGGGCAAAGCCAUAUAAAUGCUUGGAGUGUGGAAAGUGUUUUUCUCAGAAUUGCUCCCUAAAAACACAUCAAAAGCUUCACACAGGGGAUAAACCAUAUAAAUGCAUACAGUGUGGAAAGUGUUUCUCCCAGAAUGCCCACCUAACUAGACAUCAAAAGGUUCACUCAAGGGAGAAGCCACAUAAAUGCUGGGAGUGUGGAAAGUGCUUCUCUGAGAAUAGCAACUUAACUAAACAUCAAAAGGUUCACACAGGAGACAAGCCGCAUAAAUGCUUGGAGUGUGGAAAGUGCUUCUCUCAGAAAAGCCACUUAACUAGACAUCGAAAGAUACAUUCAACAGAGAACCCAUAUAAAUGCUUGGCAUGUGGGAAGUGCUUUUCUCAGAAUAGCCGCCUAACUGCGCAUCAAAAGGUUCACACAGGGGAGAAGCCAUAUAAAUGCUUGGAGUGUGGAAAAUGCUUCUCUCAGAGUAGCCACCUAAUUGUACAUAAAAAAGUUCACACAGGGGAAAAGCCAUAUAAAUGCUUGGAGUGUGGAAAGUCCUUUUCUCAGAAUUGCUCCCUGAGAACACAUCAAAAGGUUCACACAGGGGAGAAGCCGUAUAAAUGCUUGGAGUGUGGAAAGUCCUUUUCUCAGAAUUGCUCCCUGAGAACACAUCAAAAGGUUCACACAGGGGAGAAACCAUAUAAAUGUUUGGAGUGUGGAAAGUGCUUCUCCUAUCGUGGGUAUCUAACUGUACAUGGAAAGGUUCACAGAGGGGAAAAGCCAUUUAAGUGCUUAGAGUGUGGAAAGUGCUUCUCUUGGAAUGCCAGUCUAACUGCACAUCAAAAGCUUCACACAGGGAAGAAACCGUAUGAGUGCUUGGAGUGUGGAAAGUCCUUCUCUUACAGCAGCUCCUUAACUGUACAUAAAAAGGUUCACAGAGGGGAGAAGCCAUAUAAAUGCCUGGAAUGUGGAAAGUGCUUCUACAGGCAUUUCAGACUAAGUGCGCAUCAAAAGGUUCACCGAGGGGAGAAGCCACAUAAAUGCUUGGAGUGCGGAAAGUGCUUCUCUCAGAAAAGUCGCCUAAUUGUACAUAAAAAGGUUCACACAGGGGAGAAGCCAUAUAAAUGCUUUGAGUGUGGAAAGUGCUUCUCUCAGAAUCGCUCCCUAAAAACACAUCAAAAGGUUCACACAGGGGAGAAGCCACAUAAAUGCUUGGAGUGUGGAAAGUGCUUCUCUCAGAAUCGCUCCCUAAGAAUGCAUCAAAAAGUUCACACAGGGGAGAAGCCAUAUAAAUGCUUGGAGUGUGGAAAGUGCUUCUCUCAGAAUCGCUCCCUAAGAAUACAUCUAAAGGUUCACACAGGGGAGAAGCCAUAUAAAUGCUUGGAGUGUGGAAAGUGCUUCUCUUGGAAUGGCCAACUAACUAGACAUCAAAAGGUUCACACGGGUGAGAAGCCAUAUAAAUGCUUGAAGUGUGGAAAAUGCUUUUCUCAGAAUUACUUGCUAAGUAGACAUCAAAAGCGAACUCACACUGGAGAGAAGCCGUACAAGUGUUUGUACUGCAGCAAGAGCUUCCGACGCAACUCGGGUCUGGUGAGCCACCAGAGAAUCCACACUGGUGACAAGCCAUACCAAUGUUCAGUGUGUGAGAAAAGCUUCAGUGACAUAUCAAAUCUCAUUACCCAUCAUCGAAUUCACACAGGAGAAAAACCAUACAAGUGCCUAGAAUGCGGAAAAAGCUUCAGUCAGAGUUCAUACCUCAAUAGCCACCAGAGAAUCCACACGGGGGAAAAGCCAUAUGAAUGCUCGGAAUGUGGGAAAACCUUCAGCGUCAGCUCACGCCUUCGGAAACAUCAGAGAAGCCACACUGGAGAAAGACCGUUUGUCUGUUUGGACUGCGGGAAGACAUUCAGCGAGAGCUCAGAUCUCCUUGCACAUGAAAGAGCUCACACUGGUGAAAAGCCCUACAAGUGUUCAUACUGUGGGAAGAACUUCUUGCGCAGUUCAGAGGUGGUGAGCCAUGAAAGGAUCCACACUGGCGAAAAGCCGUAUCACUGCUCCGAGUGUGGAAAAAGUUUCAGUGUCAGCUCCCGUCUCAGUGCACACAGGAGAAUCCACACUGGAGAGAAGCCUUUCCAGUGUCCCGUAUGUGAAAGAAGCUUCAGCUACAAGUCCCACCUCAUCACCCAUCAGAGAAUCCAUACUGGCGAGAAGCCAUUCCAGUGCUCAGUUUGUGGGAAAAGCUUCCGAGGGAGCUCCAGUCUCGUUGCCCAUGAGAGAACGCACACGGGGGAGAAACCAUACCGUUGCUUGGACUGUGGGAAAAGUUUCACUCAGAGCUCAAACCUUAUUAGUCAUCAGAGAAUCCACACAGAAGGGAAUUCCUGAGCAUCUCCAUGGGAUGAACUUGCAAAGGUCAUGUAGCAAGUUCAUCACCAGCUCAACCUUUCCUUUCUUAACAAGGCAUGGCACUUUUACAGUACUUUUACCUUAUUUCUUUGGGGAAAGACAUUUCUAGCACUCAUGGAAAAACAGCUACAUCUUUUUCCCAGAGCAUCCUUUUAAAAGGAACUGGAAUUUUACUAGUCAAUUCAAAUUGAGAUGCUUGUGUGUAUUAAUUUGCUAUCAAGUUGCUUCUGACUUAUGGCAACUCUAUUAAUAAAAGACCUGCAAAAUAUCCUAUCAUUGACAGCCUUGCUCAGUUCCUGCAAAUGGAAGGUCAUGCCUUGAGCCAAUACGUCUCAUAUUGCUUCCUCCUCUUUUCCUGCUGCCUUAUUAUUUAAAAAUGAAUAGGAUUUUGCUAGUCAAUCCAAACCGAGAAGCUUAGUUACUGUUAACUGUAGGCUGCAGGCAGAGGAAUACGUGAGGGCAGAUGGAUCAAGAGGACUCCACCCCAGGCCAGCUUUGUGACUCUUCAGAGAUAUUUCCUCCCUUCCAGAAUGAAGGAGAGAGGAUCUCUCCAAGACUUACAUCUGGCCAGGCACAGCUUAAGAAAAGCAGUCCCUUGAAACAUACAAAGAUAAAUUGGAGGGGGGGGGGGGGCUAAUGUGGUCUUUAUUUUUUUGCUGUCUGUAAGCUGUCAAGAAUUCCACCAGCUCGUUCCUUCUCUGAGAAAAGACCGUCUUGAUGUUACCCCUGCAAGGAAGACACCAACUCAUUUUGGAUUCUGAGUGUUUAGUGGAGUCCCCCUAGGCAAUGAAACGAGAAAGGGAACAGAUCAGAAUCUCAGUUUCAUGAUCCAGUAUGCAGUAGCUGCUCUUGAAGCUAUUGAUGUUUGCCAAAGUCCCAAGUUUCUGAUAUUAGGAAAGAUUUAUGGCUGUUUUAGUGUAAUUGGGAGGAGGGGGGGGGUUAAGUCAUAAUUAAAAUCCAGUUGUUUUCUUUACUAACCAAGUGCCAGGGUGGAGUAUCAUAUGGUAAAAAUUAUUUGGGGUAUACCCCUUUAGUCUGAAACAGGGAGGAGGAGGUUGCAUUUUGGAAUGCUCUUAAUUCCUGGGGGGGGCGGGUGUCAUCUUCUUUUAUUUUUCUUUGCUGCUAAAUUGCAACCAACUCAUGGAGAUCUUUCAAGUUUUCAAGACACAAGACAAACCGAAGUGGUUUUCCUGCCUUUGUAUAGCAACUCCGGACUGCCUUAGUGGUCUCCCAUCCAAAGACUAACCAGAGCUGACUCCGCUUAGUUUACGAGAUCUGACAGGAUGGGACUAGCUGGGGCAAAUCAAUGCUACUCAAAAACAGGAUAUGAAGAAUGAGGUUAAGCUGAUGAGGCUUGCCAGGAUAGGGGAGGAUAUGAACAUAAAAUAAUGUUGAAGUGAACAUUUCUCAUUGAUCUGAUAGUUUUCUAGCUACAGCUUAAUUAAUUUUUUGACCUCUAAGGGAUCAUUCGAAGGUGAGAUUUCUGCCUCUUUCUGAGAGUGAUAUAGUCCUGGAAGAGUUAAUAUGUCAUUAUGAAGGUUCAUAAAAGGGCCGGGGUGGGGGGGGCAGUGCUCUUUCUCUCUCUUAUUGUCAGUAGAACUAAAGAAAUUUUUGUUGGGCAGACCUAGUAGUAGCUAACUAGGCAGAAAAUCACAAACCUACACAGAAGCUGUUGGGAGGAGUUGGGGAAUCCGCCGUAAGUUUCCCAUUAUUGUUUCAAAAUAGGACUUUUAGUGAUUGACAAUUUUUUGUCUUACUGGUAAUCUGCCUUAAGUCCCAGAGAGAAAGGUGGCAACUGCAAAGGAAAACAAUAACUUUUAACCUGUCAUGUCUGUUACUGGCUACUCGUUAUGAUGAUUAAAGGGAAUCUCCACAUUCAGAGGCAGUCAGUCUCUGAACACCAGUGCCAGAAGGGAACAUCAGGGGAAAACCUCAGCCCCUAUGCCCUGUUGUUGCCCCUCCAGAUGAACUGGUUGGCCACUGUGUGGGAUGGGAUUUUGGACUAGAUGGACUACUGGUCUGAUCCAGCAAGGCUGUUAUGUUUAAAAGAGGGGGUUGUCUGUACUUCAAAGGUUGGGAUGUGUCAUUAAGAAAGAGCUGGGUUUUUUUCUUGAGAGAAUCAAACUACUUAAAUCCCAUUAAAUCCUCUGGAUCUUGUCAUAGGAUCAUAGAGUUGAUGCAGGAUCAGCCUAGAUUUGAACAUCCCAGACAAAUGUUUGUCCAGCUGCUGCUUAAAGACUUCCAGUGAUGGGGAGCUCAUCACUUUCCUAGGUAGUGAAUUCCCAGGUGGCUGAUUCAGCAUCCCUUUUUCUCGGUUCAUGGGACAGCGAAGUACUCGAGGUCUAGAACUUGAAAAUAUUGUCGAAGUGAGUCUUAGAGAAGUUUGAGUGUAGACCGGAGCUUAAAAAAAAAAAAAAGCACCAUUACAAAGAGACCCCAGCUUGGUCAUUCUUUGUCCAUUUUCAGUAAGGCCAAGCUGAGCUUGAAUCAAUGCUUGUGACUAUUUUUACAAGUAGGUUCAUCCUGGAACACUCAUGUUGGAGUUGAAGGAAUUUGCACCCUGUUGGUGGCAUCACCCCCCCCUCCCCGAUUCCCCUUUUCAGCCCCACUUGAUUUUGCUUUUUUCAAUACCGUGGCAAUACUCUGAAAUUCUUUUCCAAUAGGCUGUCAUUGGACUGGGUUCUGGCAAACCAAGAAGAUGUUUUACUUGAUCAAGACAGGUGCUAUCUAGCAGAAGGAAAUCUGGUUUUUUUCAUGCUGAAAUAAAAAUUAUUUGCAGUUUUA